CGCGUGGUCCAAAGAUUAUCUAGCGAUCUUGGGCCCCUUACCAAAUCUUAAUCUUUAGCCGAAGAGGAAAAUAUAGGGAAAAAAAAAAAAAUCAAGAGCGGGUAAAAGAACUGCGCAAAGCUUUAAUGGAGACGGGACCAAGCCCAGACUUCCUGAUCCAUAGGAUCUCAUUUUCUGGUCCGCAAACCGUGCUCCAACUUUCACUUUACAUAGCAUGAUUUAUUUAAAACACCACGCCUGUCACUUUCCUCGAGUCUCGCUUUGACCCUUGGACUUCUCUCCUUGUAACCUCAGUUCAGGGUGAUGAACCAUGUUUGCUCUACUACGACUGGCACACCUACUAACCGGCGAUGGUGCUGGCAAAGGGCACCUUGCCGGUCGCUCAAUGGAGGAACCAGUCGAGGGUAGUGAUAAAGCCGGGUUCAUCGCCAUGGGAGUGAUUGCACUCUUUUCGUUCAUUGCGGCCUUUGGCCUAUUGUCUUUCCUUACCUACCGCAUGAUUUUCUGGCGUCGAUACUAUAAACGGCCUCUUUCGGAGAACCAAUACGUCGUCCUGAUUUACAACCUUCUUAUCAUCGAUAUUCAACAAGCAACAGCGUUUUUAAUAUGUCUCCACUGGCUUGCAAAAGGCCAUGUCUACUAUCCUAGUGCACCCUGCGUCCUUCAAGGGUGGUGGAUCCAAACGGGUGAUCCUGGAAGUGGUUUGUUCGUGUUGGCGAUUGCACUUCACACGGGUGCUGUCGUGCUACGAGGCCGACAAUUACCGUACCCGUUAUUUGUGGCUAGUGUCGUUGGACUGUGGUUAUUUAUCAUCAUUCUGGGAUUGGUCCCCGUCGGGAUGUUUGGGUCUGAGACCUUUGUGAUCUCCGAGGCCGGCUGGUGCUGGAUCGGACCGGCCCAUGAGACCGAACGUCUUUAUGUACACUACCUAUGGAUUUUCCUUUCCGAAUUCGGCACCGUCGUUCUCUACGGCAUCAUGUUCUUCUACCUGCGACGCCGAAUGAAGCAGUCCGCCACGCUCCGACAAAAUCACCAGGAGAACCUGAAGCGAUUGAACCGAGUUGUCAUUUACAUGGUUAUCUACCCGCUUGUAUAUCUCGUGCUUUCUCUUCCGCUGGCCGCCGGGCGUAUGUCGACGGCACGACAUGUCGUCCCUAGCCGAGCGUAUUUUGCCGUGGCCGGAUCGCUGAUGGCACUGUCGGGAUUCGUGGAUGUGCUUGUGUACACACUCACGCGCCGCCACUUGCUGCUGGAGACGGAGCUCAGCACUACGGAUCAGAUGUACGCCUACACGGAGUCUCAAGCAUACCAAACCCACAUUACUACCGGCGAUGGCAAAAAGAUGCGCGUCAAAUCCCGGUUCCGCCGCAACAAUGGCAUGCAGACGAUCGACGACACGGUCAACGACAACCGCGAUUCCUCCACCGAAGACAUUGUGCGCAAGACCGACAUGGAGCUUGCCGAGCUGGGUCAUGGCGUGUACCAAGAAACGACGAUUGAGAUUUCGCACGAGCCCGCGGACCCGGAAGAGUUUCAGAAGAGGGGACGAGUAAGCGGUUGAUGUGAGCGGUGGAUAUGCAGCCCAGAGGGG